UAUACCCAUCAGCCAUAAUCACGCCUGUGAGGUGUUGUAGCUGUUGAGCCGGUCGACCAGGCAAAUAACAGAUUGAGGUUGCUCCUUUGAGAACAGUUUGACCGUACUCAUCCUCGCGUGAACAUCACCUAACUCCGUCCGUCACCGACUGCCAAGACAACAGGGAUCAAUCCUAUUAACAACUUCAACGACAUGGGCAAGCAAGAAGAAGGCCACAUUAAAAGACCCAUGAACGCGUUUAUGGUGUGGAGUCGUGGUAAGAGAAAGCAGUAUGCUGCGAUAAAUCCUCGAAUGCACAACUCUGAAAUCAGCAAGCGACUCGGAGCCGAGUGGAAAAUGCUUUCACAAGAGGAAAAAGAACCGUUCGUGGCGGAAGCGAAGCGACUGCAGGCCAUCCACAUCCAAGAGCACCCCGAUUAUAAGUACAAGCCGAAGCGACGCAAACCGAAAUCACUGCAGAAGAAAGAGCUUGCGGCCCCGAUGUUUUCGCCAUACAGCGCCCCAAUGAUGGCGGUCGAUAAAUUCUCAACGAAUCAAUUGCCUCAAACAAUAGCUCAUUCAACGGCUUUGUCCGCGGACCCAAUGUAUUCCAAAAUAAAUGGAGCAGCAGCGUUUCAUCACUCGGUUUCACCAGGAUAUCCAGUGAUUUAUCCAAACGUAACCGCAGUGAACACUCACCAUUCGGUGACUCCACCAUCGCGUCAGCUAUUCGCUAGUUCCUUGGACACGACACAUUCAUUCCGCGCCGCCGAUGUCAUGAGCCACAACAGAGCGUUGUACACCAGUCAAGCCUUCCAAACUGCGCUACCUUCCCAAAUGCAGCAGAGAAUUUCUAGCGUGGACGAAACACGAGGCGCCUCUAUCAGUAGUGGAGCGUCUUCCAGUCCGACUGCUUCAAGCAGUGACGCACCGAGCAAGUCGAGUGGUUAUACAGUUUCCACUGCUGAACUGAACGGACAACGCGUUUGGCAGCCUCAACAGGAUCUGUCCCGACCAGUGGCCUAUGUCCCGAUAACUAUGAAGAGUAAAGUCCGUUUUCCAGCCCAUUUCAAUUUUGCCUAGUUGUAUACAUUUCGAUAUUUGAGAAUUAAUGUAUAUCUCAGUGUUAUUUUUGCCAUACGCUUUAAGUUUUCUGCAUAGUGAUUGCCUGAAAAUUAGUCAGACUUCACUUAAGAAUAAACAUUUUUUUAUACAGUAGCGAGCAGCGCCACAAAUUGUGGCGUUCAAAACAAUCCCUUGAGGAAAAUAUUUUUCUUUUUGUUACAUGGAUCGAAAUGUAUAAUACUAAAGUGACUUGCGACACCCUAUGUAUUAGUAGGUACGAAUUUUGUUGAACAAGUAUUACAAAUUUCAAGUUUGUAAAUGAAAAUUUUUGUAAAAGUCUUCAUUUUUUCUGUUGAAUACGUAGCAAAUUAUUACAUAUCAGAAAUGCGCUGAUAUUUGAAAAGAAGUAUGUAAAAUUCUUAUCUGUGUAAUAUAAGAGUAAAUAAAAGAGUG